ACAUAUAAACAAAACCUGAACCAGCUGCAACUGACAGAUAAAUGUUAGAUGCCCUUGCCGCUUGAGCAUCCUGCUUUCUAAUGCCGCCCUGGGCAACUGCCCAUAUCUAAAACUGCAACUGGGCACAAGGAGCAUAAACCAGUCUGGCAGUUUUCUAUAGACCAUCCAGUCACAGAUACCCUGUCUUUGCAAAUGUGAUUAUAAAAUAGGUCAUGUUUCAUUUGGUAGAAACGUAAAAUGCAUGACAAUCAAAUAUAUUGUUUGUAGUUUUAGUUCUUCUGUUUUUGUAUUAAAUCCUGAUUGGUUCUUGCUGUCCCACAAUCUGCAAACAGCUGUACAGGCCUUGGCUAGCUCCACCGCAGAGAUCAUCUAUGCCUUCGUGGGUGAGGAGAGUCUGGGGGAAGCUCUGCACCAAAUGGAAAACGAUGGAAAGGAGCUGAACAACUCGAAGGAAGAUCUCCAACCACAUCCUCUAGAGACCACAAUGGAAACGUCUGUAGAGGCGGCUGUUUAUAUUGAAGAGCAGUUAUUUGAGGUAGAAGAAGUGCCACAUGGUCUAACUAUUGAAGAAUUAUCUGCUGACCGGAUUCCAGCCGCUGACGCAGAGCAGGAGGAAGAGGAGAAGGAAAGAGCUGUUUCACUUCCUGAGGAAAUCGCAGAGGCUGAAGAAAACACUGCGAUCCCCGACUUUCCUUCAGAGGAAAGCGUCUCCUCUCCGGAAGACUCUUCCUCCUCUGAUGAAGCAACACCAGAGGAGGAAGAGACCAAAUCUGAGCAGACCGCUCUGGGGACAGUUGGUGAGACGACUCAGCUGGCAGCCGCCUCCACCGAGCUAAGCCUAGAAGUUCUUUCAAACACGGAACCAGAACCUCCAUCACUUGUGGCUCCAGCGGACAAGGGAGAACCCUGCCACAGCUGCCACUCUUCUCCAUCCUCCAGCAAGGAGGCGGCGCCACCUGCUGCUCUGGGAGAGGAUCUGCUCGACAUGGACAUCGCACAAGAAGCAAAGGAGUCCUUUGACAAACCGUUGGCAAAACAAACCAUUGAGAAUGGAGUUGUGGUGACAGCCAUCUCGUGACAGAAAGUGUGCCUUCUUCAAUCAAACCUGGGCGGCAGAAGACAAAAACAAAAGAAGAGGUCACACUCUGAAGAGUUGUCUUUAUUAACAGUUGUUAUUAUCGCUUUUGUCCACUAGGUGACAGCAUUGCAAAAACUUUUAAAGACGUAGAAUUCAAAGAGUUUUUAGGGAGUGAAAGUCUUUGAUAUUGUAAUAAACAGUAGCCUUAGAUGUUUGCUUCUCACCGAAGCUGACAUAAAAUAUUUCAGAUUUGUAUCACUGCUGCCCAUACACCCAAGUAUUUUGCAGUAUUUCAUUUGCAGUGUUUCAUAUUUAAGCUUUUUAAUUAGAAAGUCACGUGCUGUUAGAGAGUUUAAUGUUUCAAGGAAAAUUCCCAUAUUUUGACGCACACUUCUUCUUUUUUUUUUAUUGUAUUGUUUUUUUCCUGUUGUUGCCCUGUUCAUCAAUUAGAUAUAGUGAUGGAAAUCUGUGUAUCCUCCAAAUUUAACAGAGCUGUUAAAACAAAAACGCAAUAACGAGGAUAAGUAUCUACCUUCUCUUUGACUGUCAUUUUGAGUGUAACUAAAGACUAUAUCAAAGAAAAAAAAUACUGUCCAGACUGGCACAACAUUUUGAGGCAAGCACUGCACAUCAUAUGAAGGAAGACAUUAAGAAAAAUUCUGACUGUAAAUGGGAUGUUUAUAUGUUAUUCGAGCUUUGCAUGACUAGGACAUAAUGAGGAAUGUACUUGACAAGCAGACGAUAGCGGUGUCGUCAUGGCAUACUCAUAUUUCAAAUAAAGUGGUGGACAACCUUG